AUGAACCAAUUAACUGACAACAGCAACCAGAAGAUGAGCCAAUUAACUGACAACAGUAACCAGAAGAUGAGCCGAUUAACUGACAACAGUAACCAGAAGAUGAGCCAAUUAACUGACAACAGUAACCAGAAGAUGAGCCAAUUAACUGACAACAGUAACCAGAAGAUGAGCCAAUUAACUAACAACAGUAACCAGAAGAUGAGCCAAUUAACUGACAACAGUAACCAGAAGAUGACCCAAUUAACUGACAACAGUAACCAGAAGAUGAGCCAAUUAACUGACAACAACAACCGGAAGAUGAGCCAAUUAACUGACAACAGUAACCAGAAGAUGAGCCAAUUAACUGACAACAGUAACCAGAAGAUGAGCCGAUUAACUGACAACAGUAACCAGAAGAUGAGCCAAUUAACUGACAACAGUAACCAGAAGAUGAGCCAAUUAACUGACAACAACCGGAAGAUGAGCCGAUUAACUGACAACAGUAACCAGAAGAUGAGCCAAUUAACUGACAACAGUAACCAGAAGAUGAGCCAAUUAACUGACAACAACAACCAGAAGAUGAGCCGAUUAACUGACAACAGCAACCAUAAGAUGAGCCGAUUAACUGACAACAGCAACCACAAAAUGAGCCGAUUAACUGACAACAGCAACCAGAAGAUGAGCCGAUUAACUGACAACAGCAACCAGAAGAUGAGCCGAUUAACUGACAACAGCAACCGGAAGAUGAGCCGAUUAACUGACAACAGCAACCGGAAGAUGAGCCGAUUAACUGACAACAGCAACCAGAAGAUGAGCCGAUUAACUGACAACAACAACCAGAAGAUGAGCCGAUUAACUGACAGCAGCAACCAUAAGAUGAGCCGAUUAAAUGACAACAGCAACCACAAAAUGAGCCGAUUAACUGACAACAGCAACCAGAAGAUGAGCCGAUUAACUGACAACAGCAACCAGAAGAUGAGCCGAUUAACUGACAACAACAACCAGAAGAUGAGUCGAUUAACUGACAACAGCAACCAUAAGAUGAGCCGAUUAACUGAAAACAGCAACCACAAAAUGAGCCGAUUAACUGACAACAGCAACCAGAAGAUGAGCCGAUUAACUGACAACAGCAACCAGAAAAUGAGCCGAUUAACUGACAACAACAACCAGAAGAUGAGCCAAUUCACUGACAACAGCAACCAGAAGAUGAGCCGAUUAACUGACAACAACAACCAGAAGAUGAGCCGAUUAACUGACAACAGUAACCAGAAGAUGAGCCGAUUAACUGACAACAGUAACCAGAAGAUGAGCCGAUUAACUGACAACAGCAACCAGAAGAUGAGCCGAUUAACUGACAACAACAACCAGAAGAUGAGCCGAAUAACUGACAACAGUAACCAGAAGAUGAGCCGAUUAACUGACAACAGCAACCAGAAGAUGAGCCUAUUAACUGACAACAACAACCGGAAGAUGAGCCAAUUAACUGGACACAGAAACAGUUACUAA